AUGUUAACAGACUUGCCAGCCGAACUACUCUACUCAAUACUUGAUUUUUUGGACUUUCAUGACGCUUUAUCCCUGCAGUUUACUCAUCGAUCUUUGCAACCGGCCGUUCGAAACUUCCUUCGCUCCAAUUUCGCAUUCCAUGCAGCCGUUUAUGAACGCAUGCUUGAUUUCGAACGUACAGCCACCGACAAGGACAGCACCGACAGCAUUGCCCACGAUCUACUUCAACUGAUUUGCGACAUUGUUGAGCCCAUGCCACAUUAUGAACACCGCGCUGUUUUCAGUGAAAAGCUCGAUAUUAUGCAAAACUUGGUCGUGCACCGAGUCCUUCAAAUUCCAAACUGUGAAGACCAUUACGCUCGGCUAUGUCUGAGGAUACGACAUAUAUAUCUCCAUGCCCCAUCUAUACGCAUACUUCAUGAUCCAAAAUACCGGAGACGAAGUACAAAACAUCCAUUGGCUCCAUUCUUACCACGCGAUUAUACGUGGAUAUGGCGAUUGCAUUGCGAGGAAUCCAGAAGCUUGUGGGGUCAAAACACUUUGCAGCCGUGGUAUGAUACGAAGCUACUUGAUCAGCGACAAAAACGACUGCGGUUUGCCAGGUUCUUUGGUCUUCUGUUCGCCAUUACUAGCAUUUAUUUAGAGGCGCAUCAGCAUGGAACACUGGAUGAGUGCAUACGAGAAGCGUUAGUGGCAGGUGACGCCGAAAGUUUAUACAUACUUGCCACAGCAGCUCAACGAGAGGUCGAUACGGAGGAAAUGGUCAUGAUGGUCCAACAAGCCGGUGAACAACUCUGGGCAACGCUUGAAAUGGCCGCGGAACUCGAAGAGCACUUCCAUCCUGAUCUAGUCGCGAGUCGGAGGCAGGCCAGCGAGGGUCGCACAGAUGUGGCUCCAGACUGGUUGUUACCGACGCGUUAUCAAGUGGAUGACAAUACGAUAUUUCGUUUGAAGGUAGGCUUCGACUUUCUACAUGACACCUGUCAAACCAAUGUUUCUAAACAGUUCUGGCAUUUUUUUUUCUGCACUAGAUGA